AUGGAUUUUGAUGAUUCUAUCCAAGCAAUUGUUGACACAACAUAUCCAGAUUUAUUACAAAACUACAACAACGCAGAUUUCUUGCAAAAGAGAGCUAUUCUAGCCUCUACAAAAGAUGUUGUUGACAAAAUAAAUGACUAUGUCUUGUCUUUGAUUCUCGAUGACGAGAAAGAGUAUUAUAGUGCUGAUAUUGUUGACAAAUCUGAUGAACUACUCAAUCCUACUUUUGGAGUACUAACACCUGAGUUUCUGAACUCCUUGAAAACAUCAGGGAUACUUAAUCACAAGCUAAGAAUCAAGAUUAGUACUCCCAUCAUACUACUACGAAAUUUGGACCAGGCAUAUGGUUUAUGCAAUGGAACUCAGCUUAUUGUCAUCAAACUUGGUACCAAUGUAGUUGAAGCAGAGGUAAUAACUGAACCCAAUAUAGGUCAUAGGACAUACAUACCAAGAAUGAAUAUGUCUCCUUCUGAUUCUCCAUGGCCAUUCAAACUAAUUAGAAGACAGUUUCCAUUCAUGGUUUCAUUUGCAAUGACCAUAAACAAGUCUCACAGUCCUUAG